AUGUCGUCGGCGGAAGUUCCCGGCGGAGGUGGUGGAAAUUGCGGUGGCGCACAACAGUAUUACUGUCACCAAUGCGAGCGCACCGUCACCAUAACUCCCCCACCGUCUCCCACGGCUGAGCUCGUUUGCCCCAAUUGCAACGGCGGCUUUCUGGAAGAAUCCGACACCGUACCGCCCUCAAACCCUACCAACCCCAAUGAUAACCCCAACCAAUCUUUCUCUGAAAAUUUCCCCUCUGCAGCCUUUGGUGGCCUUCCCGUUAUCUUCUCCUCGGCCACCGGCACCCCACGAGGCGCCGCCUUUUCUGUCCGCGGUGGAGGUGGAGGAUUAAAUGAUCUGUCUUCUUUGUUCGGAGGCUCCCGAUCGUCUGAUGAAUUCAAUCCCUUCGCCUUUCUAAACCAGUACGUGAAUGGUCUCCAGGCACGUGGUGCGAACAUUCAGCUUGUUUUUGAGGGGCCGGGUGGCGGAGGGCUGGGACAUGGGGUUGAUUUUGGGCUGCCUUCGAAUCUUGGUGACUACUUUGUUGGGCCGGGGUUGGAGCAAUUGAUUCAGCAACUUGCCGAGAACGAUCCUAACAGGUAUGGAACCCCACCUGCAUCGAAGUCUGCAGUGGAUGGGUUGCCAGAUAUAAAGAUCACCAAAGAGCUAUUGGCCACAGAUUCAUCCCAGUGUGCCGUGUGCAAAGACAGCUUUGAGUUGAACGAGGAAGCAAAGCAAAUUCCUUGUAAACAUAUCUACCAUAAAGAUUGUAUAUUACCUUGGCUUGAGUUGCAUAAUUCUUGUCCAGUUUGUAGAUACGAGUUACCCACUGAUGACCCAGAUUAUGAAAAUCGAAGAACUGGGCAAGUGAGCAAUAAUAGCAUAAAUAGUAACAAUAAUAAUUUAGGCAUGGCUUCAGGUGGUGGAGAGGUCUUGAUUCGCCAGCAGAGACAAGCAACAGUGGAGGUGGAGCUGGCAGUAACCAAGGACGGAACACUGACGGCAAUGAGAAUAGUGGGGCAUCAAAUGCAGGCUCUGGAGGAGGACAGGCUAGAGAGGAGGACCUGGACUAAAGGGGAAAGCAGGGAGGAAGCAAGAGGAAUGUAUUUUCAUCUCCAAAACAGGCAUUUGUUUGAAAAGAAAGGAUCUUUAUGUACAAUAAUGGAUUCAAGUUGGUCAGUCUUAAGAGUACUUACUAUUUGCUCAUAA